ACUUACACAACUGCAAAAGCUUACAGUACUGAGCCGUUUAGUUAUCAAAGGCCAGGUUUCCAUCCAUCCAGAUUUUAAGCGAAAAGUCUAACAUUAGCACAAAAAUAUAUGCGCAUUCUACCUAAAAAGGGAUGGUUGUAUCGAGAACAACAGAACAUAGCAUUACUCCAGUCCCGAGUGUGUCGGAGUUGGUUGCCGAGGCUCGGCGUGUGUUCGAGCAGAGCUUCGGGGGAGAUGCUCCACAGGUGGCAGUGUGUGCCCCAGGCAGGGUCAACCUGAUAGGGGAGCACAUCGACUACAACCAAGGAUUCGUCCUCCCUAUGGCUCUUCCCCUAGUGACGGUGGUGGUUGGCAGCAGGACCUCUGGCCAGAGUGCCUCCAUCAUUACUGCUGCUAAAGAUGUGGAGGAGCCCAGGAGAGUGGACUUUGACUUCCCCAAUGACAAGGCACCUCUGUCUCCUGGGAAACCCAGCUGGGCCAAUUAUGUCAAAGGAGUGGUGCAUCACUACAGAGCUCCUCCAGUCCCAGGGUUCAGGGCAGUGAUAGCCAGUAGUGUCCCUCUAGGAGGAGGUCUGUCCAGCUCUGCCUCUCUAGAGGUAGCCAUGUACACAUUCCUACAGCAGCUCAAGCCAGAUGACGGGGACAAGGUGGCGAAGGCGGUGGCGUGCCAGAAGGCUGAACACACCCAUGCAGGCGUGCCCUGUGGCAUUAUGGACCAAUUUGUCUCUGUACUGGGCAGGGAGGCUCACGCUCUACUCAUAGACUGCAGGUCUCUGGAGGCCACUCCUGUCCCUCUGUCAGACCCAGGCCUGGUCAUCCUCAUCAGUAACUCGAACGUGAAGCAUUCUCUGACGGGCAGCGAGUACCCUAGCAGACGACGACAGUGUGAGGAGGCAGCUGCCAUCUUGGGAAAGGCCAGCCUGAGAGAUGCCACACUGAAGGACCUGGAGGAUGCUAAGAGCCGAUUGGACGAUGAGACCUAUCGAAGGGCUCGUCAUGUGAUUGAAGAGAUAGCACGUACGGCCCAGGCAGCAGAGGCCCUGAAGAAAGGGGCCUACAAAGAGUUUGGCAAACUCAUGGUGGAAAGCCACAACUCACUCAGGGACCUGUAUGAAGUGAGUUGCAAGGAGCUGGACGAGCUGGUGUCUGCAGCCGUGGAGGUGGAGGGUGUGUUCGGCAGCAGAAUGACAGGGGGAGGGUUUGGAGGAUGUACUGUCACACUACUCCAGGCUGGAGCCGUAGACAGGACCAUGCAGCACAUACAGGAGCGAUACAGUGGAUCCCCAACUUUCUACAUCACAACUCCCUCACAAGGAGCUCGGGUCAUGAGCCUAUGAAGAGCAAACACUGUACAUUUGUCCAUUAUGUACAACUUGACCACAAAAAAAGCACAUUCCUAUUGAUUUGCAGGAUCUUUUGUUUGCUUAUGUAGUCAUGUUUAAUCAAUCAGGUGGGGUCAAAAUCAGCAGGUAAAGCAAUCUAUUGUAAGACUUUUCUUCAGAGUGCCUUAAGCUAUCAUGAUUUUAAUACAGUUAAUAAUUGGCAAGCACUAAAUCAAGUGAAGAAUAAUCUCUUGUUGUUGCAAGUCAAAGACUGUAAUAAUAUUGUUUUGUACAAUUACUUAGAAAGUGCCAUAAAUAUGGAAUGAUUGUUAAACUAUAAAUAAGGCAAUUCUACAAAAAUAAACAAUCUUCUAAACU